AUGGCAUUGCUCCUACCUCUCUUGCCGCUGCGUAUUGCCAUCGGAGGGCUUGCACUCGUAGCAAUUGCCAUUAUUAACAGCCUUGCGGCCUGGAAUUGGCCACCAGAAGUCCCACUUACACCAUGGCGGAGGCGCAUAGUGGUGCUAAGCAAGGAGCUGGUCGUUAUCACCCUCUGGUGCCUUGGGUUCCGCAUUCGAAUCAGAGGACGGGAGAACAUCAAAAUUGCGGAGCGCCUUGGAGCCGUCGCCGUUUUCAAUCAUGUUUCCUGGGUGGAUGCGUUCGUGCUGGUGUGGCUGAUGGCCCCCUCUGGUAUCAGCAAGGAGAGCAACAGCCGUCUCCCGGUCCUUAGUCAGGCCGUACGGGCGUUACAAACCGUCUACAUCCCGUACAAUAAGUUGUCCAAGUCUGCGCCCGGAUCUGAAUCGGCAGCGGCUCCUGCUGCGGGAUCUUCCGGUGUCGCAGUAGCAGACGCUGUGGCCGAUGCGGCCAAGGAGCCGUCGGAGGCCAAAAAAGCGCGCCAGGGCGCUCCUCUAGCAGCGGCGUGGACGUCCGGCACUAUUGCCGCUUGUGACGGCGACGGGGAGUCAUGCACUCGACAACGCCAGGUCAUGCUCGACCACAGUAGCAACCCAGUUGGCAGCAACAGGCCGUGCUGCAGCAACGAAGACAUCGCCAGGAGCAACAACAUUCACAACCGUCACAACCAACAUAACCAAAAAGCAGUAGGCUCCAGGGUGACGGAGGUGCUGCAACGGCGGGUCAACCACCCAUUAUACUGCAAGUCAGGUGGAUUCCCCAUGCUGGUGAUGGCGCCGGAGGGCACAACCGCCAACGGUCGCUGCCUGCUCAACUUUCGAACGGGAGCCUUUGUGUUGCGGCGGCCGGUGCUGCCUAUAUGCUUCCGGUUCCGCUGGCGCGCACUCAAUCCGGCGUGGACCAUUCAUAACGAGCGCUGGCAUUUCCUGCGUCUCGUGAGCCAGUUCCGCAAUGAUCUGGAAGUUGAAAUUUUGCCCCCGUACAAGCCGAGUGAGGACGAGCUGCAGGAUCCACGGCUGUUUGCAUCCCAUGUACGGCGUCAGAUGGCUGCCGUACUUGACGUACCUAUGGUAAAUGUUUCGCAUGAUGACUUCCUGGCGCUUCGAAGUCGAGGAAUUGGAGUCAGCUGGGAUGGCCGACGUCUUACAUUCCCUAGUGGUGCUCGCGGCAGCACUGCCGCCGCCAGCCCCGGUAGCGCGGUCUCCCCCGUCGCUUAA